AAAGAGGGGACUGUCCUCGCCUUAUUUCGCGGUGAGGACCAUAAUAACCAUAACCAAAUACUCGUGCCCCCAUAGUUCUCUCUGUCAUUCUCUGUUGCCGUAUUGCAAAACACAGGCUGGGUCUCGGCUUCCUUGAAGAAUGCUUCCUCGCCUUCAUUUCUUCGUCCCUCAACCAUCCACAUGGCUCAUAGAGGAGGAAGCCACAAAGAGGCAGAAGCACGUCGUAGCAUGUAGUCAACGCUGUAAACCAAUCAUCUUUCCUGCAGCUGCUGUCACGCCAAGAUGCCUGACGGGAUGGAGAAAGGCACCGUCCUGAUGAACCGGUACGAGCUCGGCCGCAUCCUGGGACAUGGAACUUUUGCAAAGGUGUAUCAUGCUAGGAGCCUCAUGACCGAUCACCACAGUGUCGCCAUCAAGGUCAUCGACAAGGAAAAAGUGUUGCGUGUCGGCAUGAUCGAGCAGAUCAAGCGGGAGAUCUCUAUCAUGCGGCUCGUCCGCCACCCCAACGUCGUCCAGCUGCACGAGGUGAUGGCCAGCAAGACCAAGAUAUACUUUGUCAUGGAAUAUGUCCGUGGAGGUGAGCUCUUCAGCAGGGUCGCCAAAGGCCGGCUCAAGGAGGAUGUGGCGAGAAAGUACUUCCAGCAGGUGAUCGGGGCCAUCGAUUUCUGCCACAGCCGUGGUGUGUACCACCGGGACCUCAAGCUGGAGAACCUACUCGUUGACGACACCGACAACGUCAAGGUUUCAGACUUUGGGCUCAGCGCCGUGAGGGAGUCUCAGAGGCCAGAUGGGCUGCUGCACACAACAUGCGGCACGCCUUCGUACGUCGCCCCAGAGAUCAUCGACAACAAGGGCUACGAUGGCGCCAAGGCAGAUGUGUGGUCUUGUGGAAUCAUACUGUUUGUUCUGCUCGCGGGCUACCUUCCAUUCUACGAUUCCAACCUGAUGGAGAUGUACAGGAAGAUAGGCAAAGGUGAAUACAAGACCCCUCACUGGUUCAGCGAUGAGGUCCGCAAGCUUCUGGCAACACUUCUUGAUCCAAACCCGGAGACCCGCAUCACCAUCGAGAAGCUAAUCGACCAUCCGUGGUUCAGGAAGGAGUAUAAACCAGCGGUGAUGCCGGCACAGCCACACAGCCCAAACAGCUUGAAAGACGUGCAGGUUGCUUUCAGCACCGACCACGAAGAUAGCAAGUGUGAGAAGGCAGAACAAUCAUCAAGCCCCAUGAAGCCAGCAAGCUUGAACGCGUUUGACAUCAUCUCCCUCUCCCAUGGAUUUGAUCUUUCGGGCCUGCUGGAGAUGGAGCAAAAGCAGAAGGUGCAUGAGCUCUUCAUAACAAAGAAGCCAGCGUCAGCAAUUGUAUCCAAGCUGGAGGAGAUUGCUGAGACAGAGCACUUCAAUGUGAAGAAGCAAGACGGGGUAGUGAAGCUGCAGGGGUCCAAGGAAGGGAGGAAGGGGCAACUCACCAUCGACGCGGAGAUAUUUGAGGUCGCGUCAUCCUGCUACGUCCUCGAGGUGACCAAGGCAGCAGGGGACACCUUAGAGUACCAAUCAUUCUGCAACAAGGACCUAAGGCCUUCCCUCAAGGACAUAUGCUGGACCUCGCCGUCAGAGGAUCAGCUCCAAUCUGUAUCCGAGUAGCCAUCUCUAACUCCUGUAAAUUCAUCACAAAACACUAGUAUAGGUGGCCAGCCCAUAUGAAAUGACAUUAAAACAUUUUAGCAAGCUUACUGGUAUUUCUUGUUUGAAGAUGUAUCUAUAAUGUCUUCUUAUGUGUAGUAGACUAGGCACCUUUUUUUUCGUUAAUACUAUAGGAUCACGACUUGACGAUAUUUUCUUUGAACAA